CGGAGCCUUCCCCUCUCAACUCACCACACCCACGCACAAGAUACCCAUAUCCCUCAGAUUUUUACACUUCCAAUAUGUUUGUCUUCAAGCGUGAUGGACGCAAAGAACGCGUGCAGUUCGACAAGAUUACGGCCCGAGUCUCCAGGUUGUGUUAUGGACUAGACCCGGAGCACAUUGAUCCCGCCGCAAUCACCCAGAAGGUCAUCUCUGGUGUGUACCAGGGUGUCACGACGAUUGAGCUGGACAACUUGGCCGCCGAGACCGCAGCGUAUAUGACUGUCACCCACCCUGACUAUGCCAUCCUCGCUGCACGUAUCGCAGUGUCAAACCUCCACAAGCAGACCAAGAAGCAGUUCUCUGCUGUGAUUUCAGACCUACACGACUAUGUAAAUCCCAAGAACGGGACACAUCAGCCGAUGAUCUCGGACUCGAUAUACGAUAUCGUAAUGAAAAACGCAGACGAUCUUAAUUCCGCCAUCGUAUACGAUCGCGAUUUCAACUACCAAUUCUUUGGCUUCAAGACGCUUGAGCGUUCAUAUCUCCUCCGCAUAAAUGGCAAGAUUGCCGAACGCCCACAACACAUGCUCAUGCGUGUGGCAGUCGGUAUUCACGGUGAGGAUAUUGAGAAGGCGAUUGAGACAUACAACUACAUGUCCAACAAGUACUUCACACACGCGUCUCCAACGCUGUUCAACGCUGGAACACCUUCCCCACAGAUGUCGUCCUGCUUCCUCAUCGAUAUGAAGGAAGACAGUAUCGAAGGUAUCUACGACACACUGAAGACCUGCGCCAUGAUUUCCAAGACCGCCGGCGGUAUUGGCCUUAAUGUUCACCGCAUUCGUGCUACCGGCUCAUACAUUGGUGGAACGAAUGGAACUUCCAAUGGACUCAUCCCGAUGCUUCGUGUCUAUAACAACACUGCUCGCUAUGUUGACCAAGGUGGUAACAAGCGCCCUGGUGCCUUCGCCAUCUACCUGGAACCAUGGCACGCCGAUGUCUUCAGUUUUCUUGACCUCCGGAAGAAUCACGGAAAGGAGGAAAUCCGUGCCCGAGAUCUCUUCUACGCCUUGUGGAUUCCAGACCUCUUCAUGAAGCGGGUGCAGGAGAACGGUGAAUGGACUCUCUUCUGUCCGAACGAGUGUCCUGGCCUAGCCGAUGUAUAUGGCGACGAGUUCGAGGAGUUGUACCACAAGUAUGAGGUCGAGGGUCGCGGUCGCGAGACAGUUCGUGCUCAAAAGCUUUGGUACGCCAUUCUCGAGGCUCAAACUGAGACUGGGAACCCCUACAUGCUCUACAAAGACGCAUGCAACCGUAAGAGCAACCAGAAAAACCUCGGAACCAUCCGCAGUUCCAACCUUUGCACUGAGAUCAUCGAGUACACCGCCCCUGAUGAGGUUGCCGUCUGCAACCUAGCAUCACUUGCCCUCCCUUCCUAUGUUGACAUCCAGCGUGGGGAGUACGACUUCCAGAAGCUCCACGAGGUCACCUACAUUGUCACUCGUAACCUCAACAAGAUUAUCGAGGUUAACCACUAUCCAGUCCCGGAGGCCCGCAAGAGCAACUUUAGGCAUAGACCCGUUGGUCUCGGUGUCCAAGGCCUUGCUGAUGCGUUCCUCGCUCUGCGCUUGCCCUUCGACUCCCCUGAAGCGAGGAAACUGAACAUCCAGAUCUUUGAGACAAUCUACCAUGCUGCUCUCACCUCGUCUUGCGACUUGGCUAAAGAAUUGGGCCCUUAUGAGACGUACGAAGGUUCUCCUGUCUCCCAGGGGAUUCUCCAGUAUGACAUGUGGAAUGUCACUCCCACUGAUCUCUGGGAUUGGGAUGCCCUGAAGGCGAAAAUUGCUCAGCAUGGUGUCCGCAACUCCCUUCUCGUUGCACCCAUGCCGACGGCUUCCACUUCUCAGAUCCUCGGUAAUAACGAGUGCUUCGAGCCUUAUACAUCCAACAUUUACUCCCGUCGUGUCCUGGCAGGCGAGUUCCAAGUCGUGAACCCAUGGCUGCUCAAGGACCUCGUCGACAUGGGCCUGUGGUCCGAUAACAUGAAGAACCGUAUUAUCGCCGACGGUGGCUCUAUUCAAAGGAUCCCUAAUAUUCCCGAUGAUAUCAAAGCCCUCUACAAGACUGUAUGGGAGAUCUCCCAGCGUACCAUUGUCCAGAUGGCUGCAGAUCGUGGUGCCUUUAUCGACCAGUCUCAGUCUCUCAACAUCCACAUGAAGGAGCCAACAAUGGGCAAGAUAACUUCGAUGCACUUUGCUGGAUGGAAGCUUGGCCUGAAGACUGGCAUGUACUAUCUCCGAACGAUGGCCGCCUCGGCUCCAAUUCAGUUCACGGUCGAUCAAGAGGCCCUCAAGGUUGCCGAUACUAACGUAGCUCGUACCCUUGGCUCCAAGAAAAGGGGCUUCGCAGGCGGUAGCUACCAAAGCUCACCCUCUCCAUCAUCGGUGCCUCGACCAAUGUACAUGGCUAAGACUCCCAACGGCACUGCCAACGGUGCUCUAACCGCCUCUGCUACUCCGCCUCCGACCUCAGAGAACAAGCGGUUGCCCACCAACUCCAAGGAUAGCGUUCUUGCCUCGAAGCCAUUCACAGCAGAUGCAGAGGAGGGCGACAGCCCCAAACUUCUUACUUCGGAUCCCACUGGCAAGCCUGCAGAAGAGGAAGCUCUUCCCGAACCGGCUGUCAAGCAGGAGGAAGACCAGGAAGAGGAGAGUGGUGCACGUGAAGACGACAUCUAUUCUGAUGCCGUGCUUGCUUGUUCGAUAGAGAACAAGGAGGCAUGUGUCAUGUGUAGUGGGUAAGAUUGUAGGAUCGGUCUUUGCAUAGGUAGAAGUUAGACUGGUGGAAGCAGGCGACUGCCCUGUACUCUGGCGUAUUGUUUUGGUUUUGGUUUGGUAUUGGACUAGCGCGAGGAGGAAUGAAUAAAGGUUUAUGAGUUUGGGUUGCUACCGGAUCUGUCAUUUUGCGUAUCUCGAGUGCCUAUGUAAUAAUGAGCAUCAAGC